GGGGUCCCCCCUGAGAUGCCUUUGAGGUGUGUUGAGCCCUUUUGGGGUCCCCCAGGCUACGGCUUCGUGGAGUUCCUGAGCGAGGAGGACGCCGACUACGCCAUCAAGAUCAUGAACAUGAUCAAGCUCUACGGCAAACCCAUCCGCGUCAACAAGGCCUCGGCCCACAACAAGAACCUGGACGUGGGCGCCAACAUCUUCAUCGGCAACCUGGACCCCGAGAUCGACGAGAAGCUGCUCUACGACACCUUCAGCGCCUUUGGCGUCAUCCUGCAGACCCCCAAGAUCAUGAGGGACCCCGACACGGGCAACUCCAAGGGUUACGCCUUCAUCAACUUCGCCAGCUUCGACGCGUCGGACGCGGCCAUCGAGGCCAUGAACGGGCAGUACCUGUGCAACCGGCCCAUCACCGUGUCCUACGCCUUC